AUGGCUCAAGACUUGGCCUCAGACUAUCUUGAUGACCAUGGCUUUGACCUAUUGCUGGCAGCGCAAGAUGAUAAGGCUGGCUUGCUAUCGGCAUCUACGACAAAAGUUAGCGUUGACGGCGAGCAUGGAGACAUUGUCACACGCAAUGCUGGUAUGAAUAGGGAUGACAAUCUAGCCCUAGUCAGAUUGCAUGGUGCAAAUAGGGACGGACAACAUGGUAUCCAUGCACCUGCCGCAACUCCAGGUGAACCUGGAGGUUUCAUAGCUGUCGAACUUUUUGAGUCGACCCAGAUCGAAGAGGGGGUGCAUGUUGAGGUUUCUGGCUUUGCAUCCCGGGUGGAGCCUCCAGAAUCGAUCGAGGUGCCUGCAAGAAGGGACUUGAUUCUGUCAGCUGUAGGAGGCAAUGGUCAAGAGGGACAGGUUGGCAGUAACGGGCAAGCAGGCAUGAACGGUAUUGACGGGACAAAUGCAACUCGUGAGGUCGAUGCAACACCUGGAACAAAUGGUGGGAACGGCGGAAAUGCUGGACUUGGUACCAAUGGAGCAGACGGAGGUCGGGGAGGUACUGUUGAGAUCUCUAUCGAUGAGGAUAACACACAUCUCUUGUUUGCAGUUCAGUGGGACACUCGUGGUGGAAAGGGAGGUAAGCCUGGCCGCCAUGGCAACCCAGGAUCUGAAGGCACAGGAGGAAAUGGAGGUGUGGGCCAUCAAUGGAGUGAGCUAGUGGGUUACAGAUACAGAUGCUCUGUUAUGGGUAGUGCGAAUUCAUCUAUAGUAGCCGCAAUCAGGGCACAAGCAGUUGAAGGAAACAACUUGCAAGCUAUGAUUGCAGCAGCAGCUACACGAUAUGGUGCUAGGAGGCACCAAGCGACUGAUACGGGCAGCUGUCGUUGUAAAGGGGGGAAUGGCAAUUGUGCAGGCUGCGUACCUAUACCUAUCCACUCACAAUUCCAUCGCCAAGCCGGAUGGAACGGUAGAGAUGGGAGACCAGGUGCUACACAAACGAAGCCUCUCUUUCCGGGUCUGGAAGGUGACAUCGGGGGUGCGAGUAUCUUUGUCAAGUAUCAUAAUGGCAGGACCGAGCGAUACAGUUCGCAAUAUCUCCUGGAGCUGGUUGAUUUCGAUGUUGAGGAUGAGAACGGAGACGGGAUCUUUGAGCCUGGAGAACGUGUCUCAAUUUGUCGUAUUCGAAUACGUAACAGAGGUGGGAUGCCCUCACCAAAAUGCCGUAUCCCAAUUUCUGCUGUGGCCUCAGACUGGUUUCUACCAGUUGAUGGAGAGGAUGGUGUUGCUUAUAUGCAAAGUUCCAUUACCCCUGGUACCAUAGUUACGCUCAACUCCUCACUUAUGGUCCUUAUACAUCAGCCCGCUGACCUCCAAGUAUUCAACAAAAGUGCUGUGGCCAUUGGCGCCUCGUCCAGCAAUAGACGGCGGGUUGAGCUACAAGCAUCUUUCCCUGCAGACCGUGGGUCACUCCAAUCACCGGAAGGCGUGUGGCAAAAUAAUGUCGAACGCCAAAUUCACCAUAUUCCAGCCACGGACCUAUUCGUCGCUCAGCAUAGCAUCCGGAUUGCCGUCGACGUGCCAACUUGCGGCGAGACUAUGCUUCUAGUCGCCAUUUAUCUAUCGGAACCGCAUCAGAGCCUUGUAACAGAUGAUCAAGAUGACGUGGAGAUGCACUUGGUAGAACAGUUUGAACUUUCGAUUCAGCUAUCGACCCAUCACACCCUCAAUCCGGCAGCUAACUUUCUCCUGGUUACUAACUCCGAAUGUGCUCGAAAUCGCAUCCAAGGAGUUCAAAACUUCAUAAAUGAUGGACUACAAAUGCAAUCAGAUGAAUGGAAUUGUAGCCUGUACGGCGGGCUACAAUACCACCCAGAAUCCGUUGACGCAGACGCAGACUACGUACUGGCCCAAUACAGUGGGAAGACAAUCAUAUUUCUUGGUAAUGUCUUCAAAUUCUUUAGAUCUGGUCCUCGUGUUGCGUACGAUUUAUGUGAUCCAUCGUUGGUUGCGGAAAUCUGCAUGGCCGGAACUCGAUGCCUUUUCCUCGGUUGCUCAGACCAACCAAAUUUCAAGAAGUGGCUUAAGUCCUGGACGUUUCCUGUGCCCUGUAGCUCUGACAUGAUUUCCGAACAUCAAAAAGUCUCUCAAGCGUUCGCUGGCAAACCCACCUUUUGUAAAUCAAUCAGCCAGAAGAGGAUCGUUGGAAGCAAUUUUGAGGACAUUGAGGUCUACUCUUUUGCAGCGAAUUCUACUUGGUUCGACAUCAAAAAGGGCAACUCGGCAGCGAAAGCAAAGCAAUUGAAGAAGUACCUUCGAAGUCGGCUACCUCAGGAACGUUUCCUUGUCACAACCUUCGAGAAUGAGGCAGAUGAUUCGAAGGAAAGGUCAGGUCGCAUUGCGGUGCUGCAAGGGCUACCACAGUCAAUGAACGUAAUCGCUACGGAACGUCAUUCAAAGGGCUCAGACUUCAAUUUUUUCGAGGCAUACAUGGUCGUAGAUGCUCUUCCUAUCACCGUGGCAAUCAAGAGUCUCUGUAUUGAGUCCGAGGAGAAUCCUGGAGCCGUUCCAAAUGGUCCAUCUCACGACAUUUGUAAUCCACUUUUCGCCUCUGAAGCUAUAUUCCUCUCCAUUCUCCAUCGUUCGCACAUGGAAAUACGAACGUUCCUUCGCCGACAGCACGGCAUCUACAUACCCUCUAGCCACAGCUCAAGUAACCACGACCUCACUGGCUUCUUUCGUGUACAUCUUCCGACACUCUCGCAUAUCUUUUUCUAUGAAUCAUGCGGAACACAACCAACAGAGUGUGAUCCUCCUCCAGAACAGGUUUACGACCUCCUGAUCCACGCAUUAGCGGCGUGCCUUCCGCAGAAAAAGCGCCACAUCACUCGGUCUGUGACCAUGCCUAUACUAAAUCAUCGUAAGGCCCUACGCAGCUGUAUCCUACUCGCAAUCAAACGAUUCGUGCUACCUCGCAGCAGCAACGCGCUCAGUCCAAGGCAGGGCAACAGCAAAGCAGCCAAGGACUACACAAGGGCAGCUAAGAACCUGCACUCCCUUCGUAACAAGAAUGGCGCGCGAGACACCCACAGCAUCAUCAUGGAUCGACUCAUGAGCUUCACGCAGAAAUCAGCUCACGAGUUCACGCACGGACAGAUCUCCGCACGGGACUUGGUGCCGCGGACGGAGUUCUGCACGGCGAAGGAAUGGGAUCAGCGGUGGGAGGAGGGACAGAAGCUGAGGGAGCAGGUGUUGGAGAGGACGAAGGAUGCUUGGGAGGUAAUUGGUGGAAUGACGCUGCAGACGUGA